AAAAAAGACUUAUGUGUCCCUCUAAAGUCCAUAGAAAACGAAAACAAAAACAAAUACUGUGUGCUAAACACAUCUCACAUAGUCACAUGUAGUUGAGGUGACUACCUAUGGGACCGGUGAUUAAUAACACACUCGUAUACUCAUACCCAUAGAAAGACCAAAAAGAAAAGUCAUGUUAUAGUGGAUUUUAUAGUGUCCAUUGCUAAAAAAAAAAUAGAAGAUAUAGUAAGGGUUUGUGAUAGCUACUUCAAAUAUUAUUUUAAUAAACUUUACAAUCACAUGCUAGUCAUCCAAAUCCCACGACUCCCCCUUUUUCAUCUCACCCAAUUCCUACCCCUAUAUAAAGGCACCAUCCGCUACAAAUGGCAGCAGCAACCGCCAUUAGAGUUGCAGCACAUUCUUCUCUCACUCUUCUCGCGUCAUCCCCAUCUUCAUCUUCCUCCGUUUUUGAAAACUUUAGAUCCAUAUCCCAUCUGGGUAUCAUUUCAUUUUCUGCAAACACGUUGUUGUUGUCUUCUCCAAGAAGCAAACGUAUGGCUCACGUUGUCGCUAAGGCCACUCUUGGCCUCACUCAUCCUGCCCAAAUCGACCAUCCCAAGAUUUCUUUUGCUGCUAAAGAGACCAAUUUGGUAGAAUGGAAAGGAGAUAUACUCGCAGUGGGUGUCACAGAGAAAGACAUGGCAAAAGACCAAAACUCAAAAUUCCAAAACCCGAUUUUAAACAAGUUAGAUUCCCAAUUGAGUGGAUUAUUGUCUGAAGUAUCUAGUGAGGAAGAUUUCACAGGAAAAGCUGGACAAUCAACUGUUAUUAGAUUUGCGGGUCUUGGAUCCAAACGGGUCAGCUUAAUUGGGCUUGGAAAAGGGCCCACAGGCCCAUCUUAUCGUAGUCUUGGUGAGUCUGUUGCAUCAGUUGCAAAGUCUUCUCAAGCCAAAAGUGUUGCCAUUGCUCUUGCUUCUUCAGAAGGGUUAACUACUGAAUCAAAGCUUGCUACUGCUUCAGCAAUAGCUAAAGGCACAUUGUUGGGUACUUAUGAAGAUAACAGAUUCAAAUCCGAGUCAAAGAAAUCCACUCUUAACUCUGUUGACCUUUUUGGCCUUGGAUCUGGACCCGAGCUAGAAAAGAAACUUAAGUACACACAAGAAGUUUGCUCAGGGGUAAUUUUGGGAAAAGAGCUUGUAAAUGCCCCUGCUAAUGUCCUCACUCCUGGGGUAUUAGCGGAAGAAGCUGAAAAGAUCGCUGCAACAUACAGUGAUGUAAUUACAGCAAAGAUAUUGGAUACAGAACAAUGCAAAGAAUUGAAAAUGGGUUCAUAUCUUGGUGUGGCUGCUGCUUCUACAAAUCCCCCAAAGUUUAUCCAUUUAUGUUAUAAACCUCCAAGUGGUUCCAUUAAAACCAAGCUUGCUUUAGUAGGAAAGGGGUUGACUUUUGACAGUGGUGGCUACAACAUUAAGACAGGACCUGGUUGUUCAAUCGAGCUGAUGAAGUUUGAUAUGGGCGGCUCAGCAGCGGUUUUAGGUGCUGCAAAAGCCCUUGGUCAAAUUAAACCGCCUGGUGUAGAGGUUCAUUUUAUUGUAGCAGCUUGUGAGAACAUGAUAAGUGGAACUGGUAUGAGGCCUGGAGAUAUUUUGACAGCAUCAAAUGGAAAGACAAUUGAGGUCAACAACACUGAUGCUGAAGGCAGACUUACACUUGCUGAUGCUUUGGUGUAUGCUUGUAAUCAAGGAGUAGACAAGAUAGUUGAUUUGGCAACUUUGACUGGAGCUUGUGUGGUUGCUCUUGGGCCCUCAAUUGCAGGCAUUUUCACACCGAGUGAUGAGUUGUCAAAGGAGGUGGUUGCCGCCUCGGAAGUCGCCGGAGAAAAGCUUUGGAGGUUGCCAAUGGAGGAAAGUUAUUGGGAAUCCAUGAAAUCUGGAGUGGCUGAUAUGGUCAACACUGGUGGUCGUCAGGGUGGUUCUAUUACUGCAGCUCUUUUCUUGAAACAGUUUGUGGAUGAGAAAGUAGAAUGGUUGCAUAUUGACAUGGCGGGACCCGUUUGGAGUGACAAGAAGAAAGCAGCAACAGGAUUUGCAAUCCCAACUUUGGUGGAAUGGGUCGUGUCCAACUCUUAAUCUUAAAAGGGUUUUAAUCGGUUUGGCGGGUUGACCCGUGGGUCUUAAAUUCUCUAGUGACUAGUGGAGUGGGGGGAGGUUCAAAUGUGAGUGAGUGUUGAUGAAUCUGAAUGAAUAAAAGGAUGUCCAUUUAAGGAAAAAAAUUGGAUCUCUGUGUUUGGGUCUCCUCGCAGUUUAUGCAUAUGCAAUUUGGUUAUGGUUAUUACUGAUUUUCUUUUGGGAUUGUGUGUUGCAUUUUGCAUUGUUGCUUCUCAAAGGUUUUUUAUUAUACGUGUUCUGUCUAAAUUCUAAUAAAAUAUGAGCUUACAAUUUUUUAGGAAGAAAUACGACUUAUGUGUACAUAAAGAUCAAACCUUGUAUACAUCCGGAGGUCCAAUUUGAUCAAUCUGGUUUAAGAAAGAAAAACUUGUCAUCUUUACAAUAGAUCAUCUACUACCAUUUAGACGAAUACGAAGGAUAUAAAUGUAUGAAUACAUGAUCAUAAAUAUUAGUGUAAAAUACAGUUGUUGUGGAUCUGAUUUUUUUGUGCGACUUUCAAUGUUUUG